CUCCUAUUAACCCUAUACAGUGUUUAAUGUAAUUCUAAUUACUACAUCCUAAAUUAAUAUCUUUAAUUACCACUCCUCGUGCGAAACUACAAUGCUUCUGGCAAACUGGUCGUGACGUCACAUAAAGCAUAGAUCUGACUGACAUAUCAACAUUGACAUCAGUAUUUCGUCCACUUUCAAUUCUGUACUAGUGGUCGGUUAUUGAUAAUAAUACGUACCACAAUUACACAAAGCAAAAUGAGACGGAAAGGAUUAAUGACAUUUUGGACAGCCCUCCUUCUUAUUGGAGUACUAAAUGGAGCAAGUGCCAACUUCCUCAGACAACUGCUUGGGGGCCGUAUGGGCAAUAACAUCCAAAGUAGAAACAUUGGAACAGGCGGUUGUCCCAACGACCCCUUCCUGAAGGUCCCCAUGAUGAACAUCCCCGGGGGAGUAGUGCAGUCUACAUUGAACGACUUGCAAAGUUGCCUCCAAGGGUGCCUGGUCCUUGGCACAUGCGUCGCCAUCGACUACAACAACAUGGCCCUCCAGCCUGAUGGCUUUAAAUGCUAUUUCCACACACAGACAACAGUCGCUGGCUCUAUGUUGGCCAUGACCGAAAUUGACCAUUACCAAAAGGUGGACUGCUCAGCCACCACUGCUGCUGCGACUACUGGAUCCGCCGUCGGAGCCACAGUAACCACCAGCGCACCAGUCACAACCGCUGCCACAACUCUUGCACCCACCGCUGCAGUCACCACACAGCCUACAACUGCUGCAACUACAGCUGCAACCACAGCUGCCGCCGUCACAACAGGUGCAGGAACUACUCUCAGCACUGCUGGCACAACAACCAUUGCUCCAACCACCACCACAACCGCUGACCCUGCGACAACAACAAUUCCUGAUAGUGGAUGCCCAUUUGCUUUCGAAGAGUUCACCAAUUUUGCCCAUCCCUUUGGUUCGAACGUCACUAAUGGAACUGUCAACACAAACACCGAGGACUGCAAACUUUGGUGUCUCAACAGACCUUAUUGUCUUGCCGUGGAUUUCGACAGUAACACAGCCACGUGCUACUACCACGAUAACAUCGACACCACCCUUGUUAUGUCUCUUGCUAACGUCAACCAUUUCAGGAAGACAACUUGUUCUGCCCCUGUCAAAUGUUGGUCAACCAGUGUUACGCUGACCACGGCAGCUCAGUUAUCAAUCACCAAUUCAACCACAGACCAGGUUGAAUGCACUGGCUUUUGCUACACCAGACAGACAAUCAUGGCUACCUCCACCAUUCUUGAUCGUGGAUGUUGGAGUUCUUCCUUAUCAACCAGCGGCGUGACUGGUGAGCUUGGAUGUCUAGUAGAUCCUUCUUCCACCAAUGGUACCAACGCAAUCCUUAUCUGCUUCUGUGAUACAGACAGAUGUAACGGUCUUUCAAUCAGCGCUCAGGCAGCACAAAUCUUGUAUCUUCCACUAAACAACGAUAUGACGGAUCACUCUGGAAACAACAGGGAUGGUUCUUCUCCUGUUGGUUACUCGACCCCUACCUUCAACUGCUUCGAUGCUAUCGGCAAUUGCUCUGCUCAGUUCAGUGGCAGUCAGUGCAUCAGCGUCAACUCUCUCGCACAGGCCAGUUGGGGUACAGUCACUGUCAGUGGAGACAUAGAAGAUCGUGCUUCAUUCAGCGUAUGGGCAAAGAGAAUUAACGAUGGCAGUACCGUAACAGAAGGAAUCUUCGGUAAUAGCAUCACAUCUGACGACCCUACAUGGCGUAUUAUCGGAGAGGCCAAUCAUGAACUCAGCUCUGCUGGCAUUGAUACCGAGUUUGACUCAAGUCCAACUCUGCCGGAUUACCCAUCCAUUUCUACACCAUCCAACGUGUGGCAUCUAUUGACAAUGGUUUACGAUGGACGAACAGAUCUCACAGUUGUACCACCAAUUGUACCCACAUUGAACGUCUACGUUGACGGUGUCGCCACCAAUGGAAACAUGAGAGCUGAUAAUGGUUCUGUUCAGGUUCGUUCCCAGGCUGUUGGACUUGGAUGUGUGCAACUCACAAACUUCACUGGUUUCAUUGAUGAGCCCCGUAUCUUCACUGAGUCCAUCAGUGUAGAGGACAUCCAGGCCAUGUUGGCAAUGGCCGAUUCAAACUUCUAAGAAGAACCGGACUCGCCCGGACCCGGACUAUUUUGCGACUGACGUACAAUAGCUACAUAUCUAUACAACAGCUACAUGUAUCUACAAUAGCUGCACGUCUCGACAAUAACUAGUCUUCACAUACAAUAGUUGCAUGGACACCCCAGCCUUUCUAUAUAAACACAGAUGUACAUAUCAGAACAUAAUGAAAAAGACACUCAAACAUCAUAAACACAUUUAAAUAGCUUCAUGCAUUUGGUUGAUUUUUGGUUCAUUAUUGACAAUUUUUAACUGAAAUACAGUAAAUGAACAAAUCCAAAGGCUACUGUUAGAAAUAAUUAAAUGAUGCAAAAGAAAUUUCUUCCUGUUGGCAUACAAAAUCAACAUUGUGGCCAUCAUUCUGAUGAUCAUAAAAUACGAAUAGAUUAUAUUAUAUGUAUCUGCACGAUUUAUUUAUCUCUUAUCUAUUGAAAUAUAAUUCCAUGAAAUCACUUGUACUUGGACUUACUGUGAAUA